AUGCAGGAGCACCAACAGCAGGCGGAGGGGCAGCAGCACGCCGCGGGCCUGCAGAAGCUGGACCACUAUGCGGUGCUCAAGUCGCCGCUCACCACGGAGUCGGCCAUGAAGAAGAUCGAGGACAACAACACCCUGGCAGCGCACAGAAAGCCGGGGCCGCUCGAGGCUGUUGGGCGGGGGCUGGGGGAGCAGGCGGGCGCGGGCGAGUUUUUCGGGGUUCCUUGGGAGGCGGCAGUCUUCCUGGUGGACGUGCGCGCGGGCAAGCGCGAGAUCAAGGCGGCGGUGCAGCGGAUGUACGACAUCCAGACCAAGAAGAUCAACACACUCAUCAGGCCCGACGGCCAGAAGAAGGCUUACGUGCGGCUGACCCCCGACUACGACGCCCUCGACGUGGCCAACAAGAUCGGCAUCAUCUGA